AGGAGCGAAGCGAGCGCGCGCGCCCAUCCCCCGGCCGGCCGAGGCGCGGGCAGCAGCGAGUAGCGGCCAGCAGCUGACGGCAAGCCAUGGCGCUCUGACCGCCGGCCAGCCACCCACACGCGGACAUGCGGCCCCUCCUGGUCGCCGUCUGCCUGCUGCUCGUCUCGCCCAUCACCGGACACUGGUGGGCCGCGGGCAGUCACGUGGUGCUGGACCCGACCAUGAUCUGCAAGAAGACGCGGCGGCUGCGCGGCCGGCUGGCCGAGAUCUGCCGCAAGGAGCCGGCGCUGCUCAAGGAGAUCUCCAAGGGGGUGGCGCUGGGCACGCGCGAGUGCCAAUUCCAGUUCCGCAACCGCCGCUGGAACUGCACCGCCGUGCGCCGCAGCCUGCGCAAGGUCCUCAUGAGAGACACGCGCGAGACGGGCUUCGUGAACGCCAUCACGGCGGCGGGCGUGACGUUCGCCGUGACGCGGGCCUGCUCCAUGGGCGAGCUCAUCGAGUGCAGCUGUGACAAGGCCAUCAAAGGUAGCGGCCGCAUGGGACCGCUGCCACCCGAGCACCCGGCGUCGGUGCUGCCGCCGGGGGCGGCGGGGGCGUCUGCGGGGGCGCCUUCGAUGGCGGCGGCGCUGCCCCCGGGUGCGGGGGCGCACCAGCAGCUGCCGCAGCCGCAGCAGCCGGGACAGGCCGCCGAGGGCGAGUGGCAGUGGGGCGGCUGCGGCGACAACGUCAACUUCGGCUACCGCCGCUCCAAGGACUUCAUGGACGCGCCCUACCGCCGGCGCUCCGACAUCAAGACUCUCGUCAAGCUGCACAACAACGACGCCGGCCGCCUGGCGAUCAAGAACUUCAUGCGCACCGAGUGCAAGUGCCACGGGCUGUCCGGGUCGUGUACGCUGCGCACGUGCUGGCGCAAGAUGCCGCCGUUCCGCGACGUGGGCAACCGGCUGAAGGAGCGCUUCGACGGCGCCGCCAAGGUGAUCCCCAGCAACGACGGCCGCUCCUUCAUGCCCGAGGGCCCCACCAUCAAGCAGCCCGAGCGCACCGACCUCGUCUACUCGGAGGACUCGCCCGACUUCUGCCUGCCCAACCGGCGCACCGGCUCACUAGGCACGCAGGGUCGCGAGUGCAACGCCACCUCCCCCGGCGUCGACGGCUGCGAGCUGCUGUGCUGCAGCCGCGGCUACGACACGCGCGUCGUGCGCGAGAAGGUCAACUGCAAGUGCCGAUUCCGCUGGUGCUGCGAGGUCACCUGCAAGACGUGCGUCGAGCGCCGCUCCAUCAACACCUGCCGCUAGCCUGCGGGCUGCCGCCACUUAUGCCACUGUGAUUCCACUCUCGCGAUCCAGAAACUGAUUGGUCGGCCGCUUUCCAGGCAACAGAAAUCCACAUUGUGCCGGGCAGGCAGAAUAAAACUGUCCCAGAGAAUACUUGAUGCACCUGAAGAUAGACAACACGGUUUACAUCAUUUGCCCGAAUGGUGUAAGUUGGGGCGCCUACCUUAAGGCGCAUGAAAUAUUUUUCCGGGCCAAAUCUAUUCUGCCCACCCUGUGGUCGCUUCUAGCACUCCUUAAGUUUCUUUUGACAUCCUAAUGUAUACCUGAGAGCUUUGUACUUUUUUCAGAGUUCUGCCCUCUCGUGAAUGUCUCGCAGUAAUGUUUAAGUGAGGUACGAUACUUACUAACUGAUAUAGUUCGCGCCAAUCGCACCUGUGCAGAGAGAGAGAGUGAUAGGGAAACGUGCAUGGGAUGGGAUCGGUGUUCGCAUGGCGGUAGUGACGGCGCAAUCACGCUCUACAUUGCUACAACUGUGAAAUGUUGCUUCGGACAACAGCUAGAAUUGCAUCCUCACUGAAGAAUGGCCAGAUCGUAGCCUGGAGGAGAAUUUUUAUCGCCAUCAAGCGGCACUGACUGAUAGAUGAAACCUCAUUAGUUGCUGGAGUCAGUUGAGGAUGAGAGGGUAGGGGACGGGGGAGGUAAUGCGCAGAAUCGUUCGAAACUGGUCGCAUCCAGCAGUACCUACAAGAAAAUGUCAAGAAAUAUCUGAGACUAGCUCGCGGAAACAUUUACACCAUUAGUAUAGCGUAAGGGAAAAAAAACUGGCCCAUAAGAUAUUUCACACACCUUAAGAUAGGCAACCCAAUUUACAUCAUUCUCUUCUGGCGUGUAUGAUGUAACUAUUGUUGUCUAUCUUUAGACGCAUCAAAUAUCUUCUGGGCCAAUUUUUUUUGGGCUAGCUUUAUUUUGCGCAACCUGUAGAUUCCAAGUUGAGUGCUGUCAGCGAAAUGUUUCAGUUCUGCUUCCACUCGCCACUAGGGCUAGGCACAUGCUAAAUAUGAAAUUCGACGUCAAUUACUCCGUUUCCUUUCUCCUGUAAGCCACUGGUGGGGAGGCAAAUGACUGUCUAUACUUCUCUAUGCCUGCUUUUCUGCACUUGCUAUUACGUGCUCGACCUACAGAAAUGCAAAUAGUGAACAGUAAAAAAAGUUAUAUUCUAAUACUAGUUCUCCGAAUUUUCCGUUUAAUCUUUGACGGAAAGAACAUUUACUACAACGAUUAUAAUGCAAGCACUUUGAGUACCUUCGUAAUACUUUUGUUGGGUUCCACCACUUCCUAAAGCUGAAUAUAAUGGGAAUAUCUUAUGUCUGAGGAUGGCCAGUAACAGGUCACAGGAGAAUCUCAUACGUCCUACUCUUCGCAAGAGCUCUAUUCGUCUGUAAAAUGCUCCUACUCGACCACCCUAAGCUUUUAGCUUGAUAUCACUUUGUAAAUUUAUCAGCACAUACGUAAUCGACGCGAGAGGGUCUAGAAGUUUUCAAAAACAUUUAAUUGAAUUUUACCAGCUUAUUUGUUCUGUAUACAGAGCCCGAAUUUGUAGUCGUACUACACAGUUACAGAAGAUACGGAGAGAAUCGGGAUGAGUAAGCAGGCAGUUUGUCCUAGACACGAUUUACUUGUUUUAUUUUGACCAAUUAUACAGCAUAAUUUCAGCAAAAAUGAUUUACACUACAGUUGAUUUUUUUUUCUAACAAACAUCGACUAGUAUGACUCCGCCAGGAGAAAAGACAAUUGAGUGAAAGCUGCUCCACGUAAUUCGAUUAACAUUAUUAAGAACUGAUAACAUCUUUUAAAGCCAUCCAUGGCUACACUUGUUUGUAAAUAUUAAUGCGGGAAUAGACAAUAUUAAAAUAUAUGAUUAAAAUUCAGCAAUCAUGUAUUUUGCCCAAUAGGCAGAACGUCAAGUCUUCACCAUGACGAAGUUUUAGGCAUUCCUAGCUCCCACAAUUGCUGAAAAUAGCACAAGAUCGUGUUGAGAAUAGCAAAUAUGACGGAAAUUCCAUCCAUGGAAUCAUUUGUCAACCAUGAUGCAUUAGCUUCAUUUUUUAGCUUUUUCGUUAGGAUAUUGGUCUGUUUCGCGCUUUUAGAUACUUCUAGCAUCAACUCGCUAGCAUCUUUUGUAUAUGUUGUAUGUUUCAGAUAUCAGUCUAAAAGACUUAAAUUUACAAUGUGGCUACUGUAUUUGAGCUUUGGGUUACCACGGAAUGCAGCACGUUUCACAGUUUCGAGCUACAAAACGGUGGAGAUGAAGUUAGUUUUUUUUUCAGGAUGACAGAAUUAUUUCUAAGUAGCUUAAACACUACAUCAGUACUUAUGGAGAGAACCUGUUAUCAUUUUUCUCUGAUAGCAUUCCAGGACAGAUUGUUAAGAAGCAAAGAACAAAGAAAAUUAGUAAGAUAUUAUAACUACUGUGUCUCGCAAAUGAAUAGCAAGUGAAGCUAGGAACUACUUGUAGACUAAAACAGACGGCGCUAAUUUUCUUUAAAUACCCACAAUAGGAUACUGACGUCUAACAUCUCUUAGAACCAGCCGAAUCACAAUUUCAUUGAGUGAUAUUCUGAAAGUCGAAAGUGUGUUCCUAGUUACGUGAACGAGUCAUACAUGAGUCUCGAUAUUUGACGCGUCCCAAUUGGAUUUACACUGAAGUGACCAGGAUAUUCGUCUCUACUCAGACUUUUUCUACUUUUUGUUGUCUUGCUUCCUCCUUCCUCUCAUUUGUCUAUCAGCAGGAAUUUAAACAGAAACAUUUACUUGUCAGAGAUAAGCAUCCUGUAAUGAUUUUUUCCUUAGUCCUUCCCCAUUCGAGUGACCAUUAGUAUCUUCUCUAGGUUAAUAGUGCUAGCAGACAAAUAAAAGUCAUAAACUCUGCAAGACGGAAUUUCAAUAAAUAUAUCUAUUCCUGGCGCUUAUGCUGAAAAGUAGUUGUUAAAUUCGAACAGUAAUGUACGUUUUUACGGCUUUUCAGCGGCUUCAUGAAGACUGAAGUACUGUAAAUCAGAACCAAACGAAUCUUUUGUGUGGCUUUUAAUCAUGGACAUGACAUAAAUGGCAGUAAUGAAUACUAGCUCCAAAGCGAAUAUAUAUUGGUGCUAGAAUGGCCGCCAGUUUUCGUAUAAACUAUAAUAUUUCUAAGCUGAUGUUCAUGCAACUCAGGCAAAACUUGCUGUAUUUAAAACUAGAACGGCAUGUUUGAAUAGUGAAGCAUGCUGUUCUCUGUGAUGAAGAGUGUCUGAUGUGCUACUCUCUUAAGUGAUCAAGGACGGCACUUCGUACCCACAUAUAAAUACAUGACUAGAAAGGAAUAUUUUAGAAAAAAAUUAUAGUGUGUAAAUUAUGUGAUAUAAAUAUUUAUUUCGUCGAAAUCUUGUAUAAAAUAAUUUUAUAAGGUUAUGAUAUGAUUUAGUUUCGUGUACCGAAAAUAUUUUCUGAAGAAAUUACGUACACAUGUGGAAAACAGUUUAUUGACAGGAAAGAUAUAUUUUUAGGAGUGUUUAUAAGAAGAGGAAAAACUGAUAUACAUGUAUAGCAUAUGUACACAUGUGUUAACAAAUACUUCUGGAGGAUUUCCUUCCGUCCUUUACAACGACUAAUGCAGAUUGAUGUUUGAUUGUCACGGUAUACAACAGCACUUCUCAAAGAUACAUUACAUUACACGUUUCGAAUUCUUGCAUUUUCUUCAUAUCGUUUUACUCCAAAUGAAACGAUAUGCUCAUACUAUGAUUGCUGAUGAAGUGUACAGUAUUUAAUACUGUUGGCGGAAGUUAUUUUACUUAAAAACAUUCUUAUCCUACUAUGCCAUUUAUUCUAUAUUUUUUGCGUGAAAUAACAUAAUGAGGCGGGUGGGACAUGUAUAAAAAAGGCUUAUGUGAGGAUGAGGCAAUGCAACUCUGCUUCCUAACCAAGAGGUGCCAGAAUGCCUAACUAAAGAAACAAACGUUACUGCUUAUUUGUUAUGUGUUGUGUAAAUGACAAACCAGACCUGAAGGCCUGUCUGUAUGGAGCCACCACAUAGCCGAAACAAUCCAGCCUAAUUACAUUUUAUAACAGCUACUUGAAUCAUAUUACAGAAAUAAAGAAACCGAUUUCUCAUAACAGUUUUGUGAAAAGGUGCAUUUUAUGUGUAAAUUGCUAUUGUUAUUGUAUGGAGAUGUAGGCUACCAACUAAAUGUCCAUACCAGAUGCUUGUGGACAUGGCUCUCCGAUUUGAGAUUUCCAAUGCUGCAUCAAGUUAGACACAUAAUGGAACUGUAAUGAUCUUCUCUGCUGAUAGAGUGCUAUUGUGGAGCAAUGUAAUCUUCCUUGGAUACUGGUCAAUGGUUACAGCUCUUGUAUAUAUGGUGUAUGUAAGAUAUGAAACAAAAUUAUUCGUGUAUGGCCAGCCCUUAAAUAGUUCUACCAAAAAAUCACAUAGGAAAGUUUGUUUUUGGCAUAUGUGGUGACCUCCAGGCUGCCUCACGUCCAUCAUCUCGUAUUGCUGUAGUGCCUUAUCUGUAAAACAGCUUUAAGUACUCUAAUGUAUAGCUUUUAAAAAUGAGAUGUAAAUUUUAUUAAAAUGCCUUUAUCGAA